UCAAACAAUCAUAUUGUGUAAUCCUUAGAUCAAUUAGUAGUUCUUAAUUUGUGAAUUAUAUAUAUUGGAUAUUGGUGUUGCGAGGAAAUAGAGAUAGAAGAAGAAAAGUCAUCAAAAGGCAUAAGAAUCUGAAAGAAACAAUAAUGUCUGCGCUUGGAGACCAAUCACAGGAAGAACCCAUGGCUGCCCAACCCCAACCUCAGGACCGACCCAUUUCUAACAUCGUCAUCGUCAUUGCUAUGCAAACAGAGGCACUUCCGGUCGUCAAUAGGUUCCAGCUCACUGAGGACCCUCAAUCUCCGUUUCCACAAGGGGUUCCUUGGGUUCGUUAUCAUGGGACAUACAAAGAUCUCAAUAUAAGCUUGAUUUGGCCAGGAAAAGAUCCUGCUUUGGGGGUUGAUAGUGUAGGCACGAUAUCAUCUGCUCUUGUAACAUAUGCUGCUAUUCAAGCAUUACAACCAGACUUGAUCAUAAAUGCAGGCACUGCUGGUGGCUUCAAGGCCAAAGGAGCUAGUGUUGGUGAUAUUUUCAUCAUAUCAGAUUGUGCUUUUCACGACAGAAGAAUACCCAUACCUGUUUUUGAUCUGUAUGGAGUUGGUUUACGUAAAGCCUUUGAAACACCCAACCUUGUAAAGGAGCUUAAUCUAAAGGUGGCUAAAUUGUCUACUGGUGACUCUUUAGACAUGACACAGCAGGAUGAAUCAUCAAUCAUUGCAAAUGAUGCCACAGUUAAAGAUAUGGAGGGAGCAGCUAUUGCUUAUGUUACUGAACUUCUCAAAGUUCCUGCAAUUUUUGUAAAAGCCGUGACUGAUAUCAUUGAUGGUGACAAACCAACCGCAGAAGAAUUCCUGCAGAAUUUGGCAGCUGUAACUGCUGCACUUGAUCUGGCUGUUGAACAAGUUAUUAAUUUUAUUAAUGGAAAGUACGUAUCUGAACUUUAAUAACCCAAAUUCACCUUCCGAGUUUUUUUUAUAUGCAAUGUUGCACGGGGGCCUCCAAUUAUACACUACCUUUAUCGAUUGGGAAUUUGUGAGAUUUAAGCAAAAAUAUAAACUAUAUUUCUGCCCCCACCUCCCAUUUCUCUUUUGUACUAUUCUGGCUUGCAGGCUGUAUAAGUUAUCUUGGAAAGAUUGUGUGAAUCAUUGUAAAAUGUACAAUAACAUACUUAAGUCAACUGCUUAAAGCAAUAUGGUUGAUAGUUGUCCCCUUAGUUUUUCGUUAUAUUGGAAUAAUUGAGUAAACUUGAUUUUAAUAAUGGAAGUAUCAUAGUUCGUGGUU